GCCGAUGUUUUAAACUUCACUUCGAAGCUUGUAAACCAAGCCUCGUUUGCGGAAAUUUCUCAUUUUAUUAAGUAUUUUUACCAAUUAUAUUCUUUUUCUGUGCUAAAUUUGUUUUUAAUAGUGUCGUAAGUAUGUACGCUGCAAAAGUGACAAAAAAUCUGAAUAGGUGGUGAAAUUUUUAAAAAAAUCUUGCAAGUUGUCAUGGCGGCGUUUACGGUCGACCAAUAGGAACGCUAGAUGCUAUAGUCGAAGAGUGUACUUUUUCGCUUUGGCUACGCGUCAUCUUAAAAUUCUCCCAUUCUCAGCUAAAAUGGAGUCUAUAGAUAGUAAGAAAUAGUGAAAUUGGACUGGUGUAUUCUAUUCUUAACAGGAAUUUCAUAAGAUUUCAUCGAGUUCUUUUAUAAAACGAGAAAAUGUCUAUUGUUGUCACGUGACGUAUUCGAUUAGUAUGGCGAAAGUGCAAGCGACGACUGUGAGUGGAUUUAAGUAAUUUUUGACAUUCGUAUUUGUAUACAAGUUUGUUUUUAUAAUAUCCCACGUGGAUUAGGAUUACCGUAUGACAGUUUAAUAGCACGAUGUCAACAAGAGGUGCAAAAAAGAGGGGUCGCCCCCCUAAGGUGCAGGUAGCCGAAAGAACUAAAAAAUUUCAAUAUCACCUCCUAAAAAAACCAAAAUACUUGCUAAAUUAUCAAAAGAAGGAGUCUGACUCCCAAUCUAGCACUCCUUCGGCGUCUCGAGCUUCUUCGCCUCAAGAUGAUUCGCAUAGGAGAAGCAGUACAAGAAUUAGAGGUAAAGAUGGGCAUAGAGCGGGUAGAAAAAGUGGUUAUGCUGGUUCUGCUUAUCAAAGAAGAGGAUACAAUACUGCUUAUCAGGACUACCAAGAAUCUGAAUACCAUUACGGUUCAGAUUUUGGUGAUGAAUCUAGUGACAAAAGUGAUAUUGAAGAUGAACUAUUAACAGACAGUGAUAUUGAAUCGAAUGGUGGAAAUGCCAGUGAUAGUGACUUUUCUUUAAGUAGCUUUAGUACAAUGAGUGGCACACCUCGAAAACAAAAUGCUGCCUUAAAUAGAGCUCCCACACCCGAACCCCUCUGGUUGCAAAAUCGAGAUAUACCAUCCUUAACAUUACCGAAAUCAUCUGAUGAUCUUCUGGUCCCUAAAGAACGAAUUAUGGAAGUAGUUAGUAUAUAUGAAGUCCUGAGACAUUUUCGGAAUUUGGUAAGGUUGUCACCUUUUAGAUUAGAAGAUUUUUGUGCAGCUCUUAUGUGCGAAGAUCAAAGUAGUUUACUGUCAGAAAUUCACAUAAUGUUAUUGAAAGCUUUAUUAAGAGAGGAGGAUUCACAACAGACCCAUUUUGGUCCUCUAGAUCAGAAGGAUAGUGUAAAUAUUGCACUUUAUUUAAUUGACAAUAUCACUUACCCAGAAGUUUUAAGAUGUUAUGUAGAGAGUGAUAAGAAUUUUGAUCAAUCUAUUAUUACUACAUUAAAUACUUCAGACUACCCAUUUGCAAAUUUAGAAGAUAGGAUUAAAGUGCUUCAGUUUCUCACAGAUCAGUUUUUGAUUACAAACCCUGUAAGAGAAGAUUUGCUAAGUGAAGUGCCUAUGCACUAUGAUGACCACUGUCGCGUCUGUCACAAAUUGGGAGACCUCCUCUGCUGUGAAACCUGCCCAGCAGUUUAUCAUUUGGAGUGUGUGGAUCCCCCCUUAGUUAAUAUCCCGGAGGAAGAUUGGCAGUGUGGUAUCUGUCGGUCUCACAAAGUAUCAGGAGUUGUUGACUGUGUGCUUGAUUUGGAAAAGCAAGGGCAGCUCUCUCGGCAAGAAGCUCUGGGCUAUGAUAGACAUGGAAGAAAGUAUUUCUUUUUAUGCCGCAGAUUAUUUGUCGAAAGUGAAGAUGGAGAAGUCUGGUAUUACUCAACUUCAGUACAGUAUGAACAUUUACUCAGCCAUCUUGAUAAAGAUGACAUGGAAUCAUCUUUAUAUAGAGAACUCCAAGACUACAAAGAUGAAAUUUGUAGACAGAUGGACCUUACCGAGAAACUCACUAAUCAAUAUAAGGGCGCAAAGAAAACCUAUCUUGAUGUGGAGAACGCAAAUAUCUUGAAAGCGAUUAAGGAGCGCGAAGAAAAACUUGAAGAAGAAAGAAAAGAGAAACAGAGACAAAAUGCUGAAGAUAUGGUGGCAAAGAUGCAUGAAGAAAUUUCAGAUGUGGCCUACCAUGAAUCUGUAACCACCUCUGAACUUACAGAAACAAGUAGUAAUGGAGCAGGAAACAUUGCAACAGCACAAUCAGUAGAGAAGGAUUUACAAGAUGAAGAUGAUGAGAAAAAUAAAGAUUUAAUAACAAGACCUAAGACAGCAUCAUCAACUUCACGCAGUUUGAACUCUGAAGAUUUAAAGAAAAAAAUGAUAUUGGGUAAAGAUGAUGAUGAGUCUAGAAUGACAAGAUUGAGAUCUAAUCAGAUAGCUAAUGGAACGUAUCUCUAUAAACUUGGUAUGGAGAAUACAUUUAAAAGUUAUGUGAAUCAAUUUACCACCAAUAUAAUAGCCCUAAACAAACCCCAAAGGAACGAGGAAAGAGACAAGAAAAGACAUUUGUCUCACAAAUUCUCACUCACUCCUGCUUCAGAGUUUAAAUGGGUAGGAGGUACAAACGGUACUAAACAUAUCAUGAUGAACACUUUGAGACAUACAAUCCUUCAACUGGAACAAGUUAUUCCAUCUCCAUUUAUGCACCCAAAUUGGCAGCUAGUUAGAAAGCACUGGCUCAAUAUUGUAGGAGGUUGUCAAACGCCCAAAGAUUUCGCCAAGGCUUUGAUAGUGUUACAAGCCUGUAUAAAACCAGUUUGUUUUGCAAACGUUUGGCACGAUCAGCUGGGCCACGUCAAGCUUUUUAGAAUAACCGCUCAAGAGAGAGAAGAAAGAAAGAAGAUGGAGAAACGCGAAAAGAAGGAACGCGAGGAGGAAGAAGAAAGGAAUCGCCUCAUAAUUAGCAGUUAUGUCAAAUACACCAUGAGUUUUAAACAUCAGUUGUGGAAGCAAAAGGGCGAAGAGUACCGGAUACAUGGCCGCUGGGGAUGGUUAUGGAUUAGAACUCCACGAAACUUCCGACACGUAGAUUCGAAAAAGAUGGGUUUGUCUGGCGAUCCGCAAAGGUACAUGCUCCAAAUCAGAGACAAAGCUGGUCAAAAGAAAAUAGUCUCUUUAAGCCCCAACAUGUAUAGGUUCCUGAUGAAUAAACUGAAUAACAAAGACAACGCCGAAUCUAGCGAAAACAAAGUAAUCAGCGAAACUGAUAAGAAAAUCGAAGAAGCAUUUCCAGAAGUUCUAAAAAACAUUGAACUUAUUCCUCCUGUCAGUCAGUUUGAGGAAAUUGACGUUACUAAGGCCCUAACUUCACCUGGAAGGUUAUUUUAUCCAAAAGUAGCAAAGAAGGGUAUUCUGGACGAUCUUCUAGCCAGGCGAUUACAAUUGAAAGUUUUAGAAGAGCGUAAGAUUGCUCAGAGUAAAGCUGGGGAAUCACAAAAAGAGGAAGAAACCAUAGAUGUAGAUGGUGAUGAUGAUUCACCAGCUGAAGGUAUUGAUAAACAACUUAACAACAUGUUAUCUGGUAAAAUGUCAUUAAGUAACGCAAGUAUUUCUCUAAAUAAGGAAGUUUUGAAUAACAUUACAAAGAGAAUAAAUACUCUCAGGUCUCAGUAUACCGCUAUAUCAAAAGUAGCUAAAGACUUUCAUUGUUAUGCCCAGCAGUGUAACUCAGCUAACAGUAUACAAAUAGAGAGCAGCUGCUAUUCUCCUCUUUGCAUUCAGAGAGUGAAAAUUCGUAGAGAGUUACUGACUCUUUUGAGAAAAGCCAAUGUCGCCACAAAUAGUUCCACGCCUAUUAAGCCAAACAGUGGAAAUUCUGUUGUUACUCCUAAUAAGAAAGUUUCCAUACUGGAACAAACAUUACAGUCGUCCACGCCAGGAGUAUCUUCACAGGAAAACAAAGAAAAAACUGAUGAGGAAAAUAAACCUACUCAAGCGAGUUUGUGUAAAGAUAUAGUAAACGCUGUUUUGACAGCUGAAAGUGCUGACGACGAUUCUAAACAGGAUGUGUAUAUUCCGGCCAAACCUGAAAAAAUUGAACCUAAACCAGAAAUUGUUAAAAACGAAGACAAACCUAUUGAACCUAAAGAUGAAACGAAAGAGGAGGUUAAAGAAGACUUAUCAGAGCUGAAGGACGAACCUAUGGAUAUUGACGUUACCUGUACCUCUCCUGUGAAGAAAAUUAAAUUAAAAGACGAAGAGGAGGACAUGGACGUAGACAUGAAGGAUAUAUCUCCUGAUACAAUUAAAGAGAUGAUUUUAGGCUCCAAGUCUGACGUCACUCAAAUCGUAACUACGACGACUACAUCAACUACCACAACGGCCACUCGGUCUACCGAUGGUAAAAUUAAGACGAUAUCUGCCGUUCAGAGCACCUCAAAUUCAGUGACGGUUAAAUCGGCCAACGGGAUGGGCCAUACUAUUCAAACCUUGAAUUCGAAGACCGCCACCUAUAGCGCCCAGCAAAACAGGAGGUUCUGUCAGUACCGUAUGGGGUUGAAACGAGAAGAGAAAGUUGUGAAAACCGAACAUGCGGAAGAUGGUAGUGAAAGAGUAUAUUCCACUACAUCCACUGAAGGAAAAAUUUUCCUUAAGAAGAUACCGACUCAGAUGGAGUUAAGACGCAAGAGGCGUCAGGUGGUGAAGUACCCCGCUUGCUCCAAGUUCCAGUCUAAAAAAGGCGUGGCAUCUAUGCUCGUUUUACCACAACACGACGUAAGAAAACUAGCAAGAAAUGCCGGCAGAAUCUAUAUAUCUGGAUACAAUUUCCUUGCCAAACAGAACAACUCUGUAUGGCCGUACCCUUGUGCAAGACCCUUAUUCAAAACCUGCUGGAUCUACAGAACAGUAAACUUAAAAUCGUUGGCGGCGGCAGCUCUACAGUUGCGUAUACUUUGGGCCACGCUUCGAUGGGACGACAUGCAAACUAAACCCCCUACCACCGAUGGCAAGCACCAGAUCACUACAGAAACGGAAAUCUUGUCUUUGGAGCUGUUGAAGCAUAGGCACAUGGGCCAAUUUUUGGAGAAAACGCAGUAUAUGAGGAGGAAGGUGGUGAUUCCGUUGGAAUUGCCGAAAACUAUGAGGGAGGUCACUUCUAUCAGGAGCGGAUUGAGGAAGAGGAAGAGACCUGAGUCGCCCCAGAGCAUGGAUCCGCAAGUUACCGAGGAAUGGGUGGACGAGGACAAGUUGGAAUUGUGGGAGAUCAAGCAGUAUGGAGAGAAGGUGGAAAAGGCUAACCAACAGGUUAUCACUAGGAGCCGUACCGGCAACCUACCCCCUCCGCGACCCUCUCUCCAAUCCGGCGACCACGUGGAGUCGGUCAAAGUGGCCGUUACCGGCAAGGCCAGCGCCGAAGAGAUCAAGGAGAAGAUGGAACAGCAGCUGCGCAUCCAGCGGGCCGCGCACCAACAAAAACGGGCCAUGGAGAUCAAGGGCAUGAACGUUAAACCGGGUUCGGUGUUGGAAAUGGUCGGAACCACCACCCAAGCUACUGCUAGUACUACCUCAGCAACUACUAGUACUACAGCAGAAAAAACAUCUGUUACUAAUCCUCCUCUAAAACCGAUUCAACCGAAAGUGACAUCAGCAGAUGGAACAGUGAAAAUAGUGAAGAACGUAGUCGUUCCCAAUCAGUCGGUUGUCAGUGGCAAACACACGUUAACCUCGCUCCUUACCAGUAACAGCAAGAUAGCCGGUAGAAGAAUUUUGAUGACAAAAGGUCCCGAUGGUACUACGAGAGUUGUCUCUGGCGGAAGUACUAAUAUUCUUCCUAAAAACUUACAAAAUGUGCCGCAACAAAGUUUGAUCAAGGUGCAGACCACAAGCGCAGGACAGGCUCAAGAUCAUAUUUACGCAGCAGCCGUCUCUACACCGACUACCACAUCGGCCACGUCCACGCCCACCAAAGACACACCGCAACGCGUCCAAAUCAUGCGCACGGCCGACGGCCGUCUGACCGUUAAGGGUCUGAUGCCCGGCCAGCAACUGGUCCAAUUUCCCGACGGCAAACUUCAGGUGCUCACCACGACGCCCGUGGCCGCACCUAGCGCCGCCACUACCGCUAAAUCGCCCUCGGUCACCGAAACGCCUACCAAACCCGUCACUAAACCCGUUGUCGCUCCUUCUACUCCCGCAGGUAAGAUGGCGCAGCUCAAGCCGUUGACGACUACGCAGCCGCAACAGCAGUUGGUCGCGCAGCAGCAGCCAGCGCAGCAGGCCGUGAUAGGACAGGCGGUGGUCCAGCCGAAGGCGCAGCUGGUCAAGCCGCCGCCGCAGGUGUUGCAGAAGAUAGCGGUGAGCACGGGAACUCCGAUCGUGCAGCAGCAGGUGGUUUUGGGCACCAAUCAGUUGAUUUCCACUCAGGGCGGUCAGCAGGUUAUUACUAACCAAAUUGUCGUGAACAAUCCCAACUUGGCUCAGCAAUUGGCUACCGGUAAGGUACAGGUUGCCACAAUAAACGGACAGCAAGUACUUAUUCGGCCUACAGGCAACAACCAAGCUCAGGUUGUGGCUCAGUUGACACCUGGCAAUAUAACCCAGGCCAUCCAACAAGCUACUCCUAUAGUACAGGCGCAACAGCAAACCACGCCUCUUAGGAAUAUUGUGCCUGCUAAUAAUCAAGUUACGUCUCCAACGCAGGUUACUCCUCCAACUCCACAACUAGCCAAAACUGUCAAAACUCCACAGAAAGCAGCUCAGCCUGACACGCAAAUCGACAAAGCUACAAUGGAUCAUCUAUUAGCUGGUCAGCCUGCUGGAACGGUCAUCAAAUGCGUUACUGCGCAAGUCAUACAGACUCAACAAGGUCCGAGAAUCGUUCUCCAAGGAUUACAAGGAGCCGAUUUUACUCCUCAGCAGUUGGCAGCUGUUCAACAGCAAGUCAAACAACAGUUGCUAAAAGCUCAAGCAUCGACAGGUAGACAAGGAGUGCUCGGCCCUACCAAAAUUUAUCUUGCCGUUCAACCGAGUUCAAGCGACAAUUCCAGCGAAGGCAUCAACACAACAGUACCACCCUUGGCGCCGGUGCAUUCUACCCCCGUCAAACAAGUAUUCCAGCAAGCUGUCAAACAGCCGACUGUCACUCCGAUAAAACAGACGCCUGUCACUCCAGUUCAGGUUUCCGAAUCUCCCAACCAAGCUAACCGACAAGUUCUCGCAAACGGUCAGCAAUCGCAAACGUCGGCGCUGAUUCAAGCGAUGAAGGCGAAAAUGGAGAACAGCCCCGCCUCGGGAACCUCUACUCAGACUCGUCCCGCCGGCAUCGGCACUCUCGACCAAAACAAACAGUUCGUAGUGACGCCGGACUAUAUCCAGCAAACGAUUAAAACAGCCCUGAAACAAGAAAACCUGAAUCCAGAGAUCGAGGAGAAGCUGUUGCAAUUGCAACGGUACCAAGAGAAGCAGAUGAAACAGGAACCUGAGUGUCCGUCGCCGGUACCUAAAGUAGUACCUCCCACGAUUCCGACCGUAAAUCGGUUCGCGACGGUUGCUAGGAAACGGCCUCCCAGUACGUCCAAGAACGAUGACGCUGAUUGGGUCAUGGAACAGCCGAAAAGAAGUAGACCGAAUAGGAACAGCGAGAGCAAGAAAAUCGAAACUAUUUUACAACCUGAAAGUCCCGUCAAGGAGAAAAUUCUGUCACCAAGAUCGCGUUCAAAGAGUAAAGAAACCGAAAAAGUAUCCAACGCGAAAACCAAGAUUAUGGUUACUCUCUAUCGGCAGAAAGAAUUUCUCAAGAAGGACAUACUAAGAAAGAGGGCACUAUUAGAGAAAGAGUUACAAUAUGAAAUACAGAAGGAAGUGGCAGAAGAAUUGGCAGCUCGAACGAAGAUCGAAAGGACGAAACAAGAUGAAGUCAGAACGGGAAGUAGUAAGAGAAAAUCUGCGGCCACUGCUACAACUGCUGCCAUUCCAGUUCCCAAAACUACCCCGAGUAGAAGCAAGAAAACGUCCAAAUCGCAUAGUUCACCCAAUGCGCCUAAUCAAAAAGGACUCAAGAAAGAAAAGGUUUAUUGCAUAUGUCGCACGCCCUACGAUGAAACUAAAUUUUACGUCGGUUGUGACCUGUGCAAUAACUGGUUCCACGGCGACUGCGUGGAUAUCACCGAGGAGAGUAGUAAAACUCUCACGGAAUUCAUAUGCGACGAAUGCAAAUCAGCGAGAGAAGAUCAAAAACUCUACUGCUUAUGUCAACAGCCAUAUGAUGAUUCACAGUUUUAUAUAUGCUGUGACAACUGUCAAGAUUGGUUCCACGGUAGAUGCGUGGGCAUUUUACAGUCGGAGGCGGACAACAUCGACGAAUACGUAUGUCCGCGAUGUCAAACGAAUAGUUCGGUUAAUUAUGCCAAUAUGAAAGAUUUGACGCAAAAGGACUUUGACAAUUUAAGAAAAUUAAUCAAACAAAUUCAGAGUCACAAAAGUGCUUGGCCAUUUAUGGAACCUGUAGAUCCUACGGAGGCUCCUGAUUACUAUAAAGUUAUUAAGGAACCUAUGGAUUUGCAGAAGAUUGAGAGCAAAGUCAACGAUCAUCGCUACAAGAAAUUGAGCGAGUUCAUAGGAGACAUGACGAAAAUAUUCGACAAUUGUAGAUACUACAAUCCAAAGGAAUCUCCCUUUUUCAAGUGCGCCGAAUCGUUGGAAGCAUUUUUCGUUAACAAAAUAAAAUAUUUAAGAGACAAGCUGUUUGAACACCCCAAGUAAAAUAUUUAGAGUAAUUGUUUUAGGAAAGACUGUAAAUAGCAUGAAACAUGUCAGUCUUCAAAAAAUUUUACAGAUGUUUUUGAAAAAAACAAAAAGUAGUUCAGUAUAAGUGGUAUUAAGUAGGUUUUACUACUACUACUUAAGAUUUUGCAAGAAAUAGCUUUUCAUUUCCUUAUAUACUUUUAAGAAUAUAAUUAGGAUUUUUUGCAGGUUUUAAAGAUCUCAGCUUUAAUUCGUUUAUUUUUUUAUUAUUUCGUUUUUUUUUUAAAUCAACUCUGCCACGAAAUCCGAAAAUUUGUAAAUAUUUUGUGAAUAAUAUUGUGAAUAAAAACACUUUUGUAAAUGGUUUGCUCGUAUUUACAACGCUUAUUUGGUCGUAGUCUUAACUGAAUAUAUUUUAAUAGAGUGUAACAAAGUGUAAUAUUGUUUAUUGACAAAUCAUCUACUUCUUCGACAUCAUUUUAAAUUGAAUAUUUAUAUAUGAUUGUCAAUCAUCUUUAGGUAUAGUGCCAUUGUAGAUAUUAUAUAGGUAUUCAUUUCUAAUUUGAUUAAUUUAAAAGAGAGAUUUCCAUUUACGUUUGCACAUAUUUUAAAUUUUUAUAUUUAGUCAGUAGACUUAUCAAAAAUGUUUUAUU